AUGGCCCGGUCAUGUCCUUCCAUGGCCAACUUGCUGAAGUUCCUCAAAAAUGCCCGACAGACUCACCUUCGCUUCAUCUCCGAAGCACUGUCAUCGUCACCUCGGUCGGAGACACCAAUAUAUGUGAUUGGAAAUCCGUCCGCAGAUCUGGACUCUAUCAUCUCCGCCAUAGUUUACUCUUAUUUCGCCCACAAUCGCGUUCCGCUCGACUGCCCCCGGCCUCACAUCCCGCUCGUAAAUUUGACAAAUGUCCCUUCCGGUCCCGAGCUGCGCAGACUCCGCCCAGAAUUCGUCAAGGCAUUCUGCCUCGCUACCGCGACUGCUCCGGUAAUCGAGAAUGGCGCAUGGGACGAAACACCCGAGUCGGUCGGCACCUUCCUGCACGACCACAUUAUUACUGUUGCAGACUUUGCAGCUCACCUGAAGCAGCACCGCGCUGACAAGUCGCACGAGCAACUCUCCGCAGAUGCCACCCUGGUGGACUGGAAUGCGCUACCCAUCCGAUCACCACACCGACAGCGAGGAAAGGGCUCGCUGGAUGGGCUAGCCACCGUCGACUUCCAAGUACUAGGCUGCAUCGACCACCACGUCGACGAGAACUUCCUCCCGCCCGCUGACUCCCUGCCCCGCGGCCAGCCGAUGCUCGUGCGGCCCGCGGGAUCCUGCACCUCGCUCGUCGUCUCGACACUACGAGAGGUGGACCGCUGGCAGGACGCAAGCGCAGCACAGCUCGCCAAGCUCGCCAUGGCCGCCAUCCUCAUCGACACGGCCAACCUUACCGCGAAAGACAAAGUCACCGACUCCGACACAGACGCCGUGCACUUCCUCACAUCGCAGAUCGACAACAGCACCACUGAUCCUGGUCCAAAUCCUCCCUGGGACCGAAACCACUUCUACAAUCAGAUCCUUGAAGCUAAGCAAAGCAGCCUCGAUCUACUUACGGUCGACGAGAUCCUCGGCCGGGAUUACAAGCAGUGGACCGAAACAGCGCACCGGGAUGGAGAAUCCGUCCCGGUCCACAUCGGCUUCUGCUCGAUGGUCAGGUCAAUCCCGUGGAUUGUACGGAAAGCGGGCGGCCCGCGUGCGUUCCUGGAGUCGUUGCGGGCGUUUGCAGAGCACCGGGAGCUGGGGGUUGUAGUGGUCAUGACGGCGUUCGAUGCGUCCACGUCCACGUCUGCACCUGAACAGCAGGGCCGAUUCUGCCGCGAGCUGGUGGCAUGUGCACUGGACGAUGGAGUUGCCACCCAGGCGUUGGAGGCGUUUGCUGCCCAGGCGGGCGCGCAGUUGGGACUGCAGGAGUGGACGACCGUCGAGGCUGGUUACAAGGAUGAGUUGGAGGAAACUUUGGCGGUGAUGAACAACGAUGCGCCGGGCUGGAGACGGAUCUGGUUACAGACAGAUGUGACGAAGAGUAGAAAGCAGGUCGCUCCGUUGGUGAGGGCGGCCGUUGCAGAACUAAAGGUCAACGGCAAUGCCGGCCUUUAA